AUGCGGUGCGAUUUGUCUCCGGCCGGUGGCUUCACAGGGGAGGAGAUGGCUAACGGCAGCCUAAUAAACCUUAUACAGCCACACAAACACCUAUCGUUGCCUCCUCAAGCUAGCCCUCCCAGCUCACCCGCCGUUAGCCAUCUCCUCCCAUGUGAAGCUACCGCCAGAGACAAGUCGCACCCCACAGAAACACCGGAGACCUUCGACCCCACAGCUAAGGUUAAGGCUUUGGUUGAAAAUUUCAACGUGUGUCCUAUAAUUGUUGAUAUGGUGGAGCCCAUUUGGUUAAGAUUUGUGGCAUCCACUAAGCUUUUCAGUGAUGAUUGGGCUGAUGAGGUUAUUAAUGAAUCAGCAUAUCAAGUACAAGGGGAAACAGAAGCUGUUGCACCAAAUGCCAAACACAAAUCCGAACCUCAUAACAUACUCGGAAAACGAUCCGUAAUGAUAUGGUAUAGAUCCAAGCUGGAAUCAUUAGCUGCUUCAAUUGCUCAUUCCAUUGGAUUGGAAUUACCUCCGGUCAACUUCUAUGGAAUUGUUGCCCGCGGGCAGCUGUCUCUUCCAGUUGAGACCAUUCUCCCUCAUGCUUCCCGGAUUUAUGAGUGGUCAAUGCCACCCGAGCUUUGGUUGUCUGGAAAUGAAUUCCGGCUUCCUACACGUGCUUGUGUGUUGUCUAUUCUUAUUUUUUCAAUUAGGAGUCUUUAUAAGAUACAUGGUUUUGGGAAGUGGGAAAAGGGUUUGGCGAAGAGAAAAGACGGAAAGGAAUCUAAGAUUUUGGAUAAAACAGCGGGAUCGGAAUCGGAAUCAGAAUGCAAGAUGUCGUCUCUUUCUAAUAAUCUUGUUUCAGAGAGUUAUGAUAAGCGACUACCGAAACAAUCGAACUUGGAUGCUACAGAGAUUUUACUUUUGCUCGAGUCAAAAUGCAGUCAACUCAUUGAUACAAGUGUUGAUGGUAAGGAUCUUGAAACGUAUCUUGAAUGUUGCAAGAAUGUGGUGUUUGCUGGUGUGGAAUUGUCAUUUGAGGAUCAUGAAGAAGAUCAGAUAAUAGAAGAUCUUUGGAAUUAUUAUCAUAAAGAAGAGGAGGAUCACAAGCCAUCAUCUCCAAGCUCUAAUUGUGGUUCCCACAAGAGACCUUUUGAUUUUUCCGAAACCAACAUGAAGAAGCUCAAGAAAUGUAAAGAUGACAAUGAUGACAGAAUUAGCAAUGAGACCCAAAAAGAAAAGGCAAUAAGACGAAUGAUAUCAAAUAUGGAAGAAAAAAGAUUUUGUUAUAUUCCUCCAAGGACUAAAAUUAAAAGACCCGAUGAUUAUUUACAUUAUACAAGGAAAAAAGACGAUGGAAACUAUACUUAUGCUUCACAUGCGGAUUAUUAUAUUUUAUUAAGAUCAUGUGCAAGAGUGGAUCGACUCGAUGUUAGGGUUAUGCAUGGUGCAGUGUUGAGUUUUGAGAGGCGAUUGGCAUGGCUUGAGAAAAAUAUUGAUCAAUGCGUGAAAGAAAUGCCUAGUUUUCAAGUGUCUUGUGAGCUUUGUCCACAAGAUGAUAUCAAUGGUAGCGCCACUGCCGGAGACCUAAACACCCCCAACCUUCUCAGGAAACUCUCAUUCAUCUCUCUAGUCCAAGAACUUAUCAAGAUCGUUGGGUUUUCUGCUAUUGAGAUGUGAUUACUGUAUGGACGUGAAAUCUAAUUCUAUCAGAUCACGAUGUUUUAGUCAACAAUCUUCCCUCGUAUUUCAGUAUUCACUGUUUUUGUUUCUGUUUCUAUUUGGUUAAAAAUAUGCAAAAACACCAGACAGAGUGCAUGUUUUGGUUAACUUUACAAAGGCAACUACAUUCCAUUAUAAAAGUAGUGAACAAUGUUGAAGAAGCCAUAGAACAUAUACACAUCAAUGGAAGAAGAAUAACAUAACUGGAGCAACUGAGAGCACCUAGAAAUCUGGAAAAAAAAAGCUAAAUGACUCACUAGUAUGUGUCUGGAUGCCAAACUAUUUGAUAGAAUAACCUCAACACAUGUUGCAUUCAUUCAGCCUUCAAUUCUUACAUAACACUAAGUGUUACAUUAUGUUAUGAACCAAGAGUGAAUGGUUUGGUUAACUUUUACUAAGGCAACUACAUUCCAUUUUGGAAGUAGUGAACAAUGUUGAUGAGUAUGUUGUUUUUCUUUCUUAUUUUUUCAAUAGCAUGCUUAUUAAAAAAAUAAAUUUCCGUGAUCAUAGUUUGAUGCAUAAUUGUGUAGAGUAUGACAAUCAGAUUUCUCAAGAAAGUUCUUGUCACUUAUAGUGGAGAUACUGAAUCUUCCUUAUGCUCCAAGUGGACUGAGAAAUAGCAAAAUACUUUCAGUUCUUAAUCCAGGUCUUUACUUCUAAAGUGGAGUCCAGGAGUUUCUUGCUGCAAUUCAACAUGUCCUCAUUAUCAGGUCAAAGAAGGUCCUCCCUCCAUCUCAAUGUAUAACAAGGGUCUUUUAGUCAUUUAGUUAAAAAGAAGAAUGAAACUGAAUUCCUUCCACCUGUCCCUAUGAAUGCUGCUGGAACCACUCAACAACCCAUUAGUUCAAACAAAACAACAGCUUGAAUUACUUCUUCUGUUUCCGUUAGAUUCCAAUCCAAUUCAAAAGGCAAGUAAAUUUACUCUUCUACCCUCACAAACUACAAUACUAGUUACAAUUUAUGACAUGGUUUCAGUUAAUUUGAAUACAAUAAAACAAUAAGGUUAUGGGAACACUAUUUAAGUGAACACCUUUCAUUUAUACGGAGCCAAUGUGGUUGACGAGUCUCAACACAGACUACAACCAACGAGAGAACUCGGACUUGUGUUGAUGAGUUAACUCGGCCUUGCGUUGACGAGUUAACUCAGAUUUAAGAUGUUGAGUCAGCUUCAGCCACCAAAAGCUCCCAAGAUGGUAAGUAUGUUCUUGGUUCAAAAGGCAUUCUUCAUGUGAAAAUAUCCCAAGGGAAAUAAUCAAACAAAAUGGAAGAUUCCAGAAACAUGGAGAUGGUGGCUCUUUGUUUGAUGAGAGACAUCUUGAAAAAGAGAAGCAUGAAAACUUGUGUCUAUGUGGUUAUUAUUUCUGAUCAUAAAAGAUUUUUGGAAGAUUUGGUGUGUGAAAUUGUAUCCGAAGAUGUGUCAACUCUUUUGAAAGGUAAGUCUAUGCUAGAGUGAUACAGAACAUUUGCUCCAGGAGAUUAUAAGAUUAUAAGUACAACAAUAAUAUUGUUGGAAAGAAAUUGAAAUAUGAUGCAUGUGUACUCUCUUUCAAAAAGUAGAUUUGAUUGUCAAUUGAACGGUAUUUAGGUCCAAAUUGUUCAAAGAAAGAAUUUAUAUUCAAGAAAGAAAAAGGAUGCAUGAAACAAUGUUUAUAGUUGUUCAAUGUCUUGGAAAGAUGCUUGCUACUAUUAUGUGACAUGACAUCUCCUUUGUUAUGGA